GUAUGCAUGUCGAGUAUGAAAUCAUAAAAGCCAUUCCCUUGUCGAAAGGAAAGCCUUCUUCUCUUGAUAUGUCAACGGAAGUCACAGAAACGAAAGAUGGUUUGACAAAUGUAACAUUUACUAUUGCAAAGGAUGCGAUAAUCGUUGCUAAAGGAUCCGUUACAAACGGUUAUCAUGCACACAAGCACAUAGUUCCGAUUGAGGAUGUGCGUAUACGUACUGGCAAACAUAUGGAGCGUGAAGAACUUUACAGCGAGUUGGCAAAGUAUGGCUACAAAUACGGUCCGCCAGUCCAGGUCCUGGAAGCUAUUACUUUUGAUAAAGAUGAAUGUACUGGUUUCAUACACCUCACUGAAGAGGUAGCAAAACAGGUAAAUCAAACUUCCUUCCAUCCCGCUAUUCUUGAUGCCAUGCUGCAUUCGAGUGCACUUAAUUUCCUUUCCAACCAAAAGGAAACUUCUUACAAGAUCUAUCCGAUCCGUGUCGGCAGCGUCGCUGUGUUGAGACCGUUUGAAAAAAGAAUGAUGUGUUAUACACAAACCAUACAGAAGGUAUACGACAGAAUCAUCACCAACAUCAUUUUGACAAGAUUGGAUGGUUUGGUGCUGGCUGAAGUUAAGGAAAUUGAACAUCGGAUCAUGGAUGGUAGCAUAGGAGUAAAUGACCUGGCUUAUCAGAUCGUCUGGACUGUGGAGGAUAUUUCCAAUAUAAGGUACGACACAACAGAUGACCUAAAUCAAAGGGUAACCAUUUGUUAUGAUGACAACAGCGUCCUCAAUACACUGAGGACUGUGUAUCCACGAGGAGAAUCAUUUCAAUUGCGAGACGUGGCAGCCGACCCGGCACCCAUGCUAUCCUCAACAGACACAAACGAUGUCGACACAGUGGUAUUUGUACCAGAUUCCAACGUUGGCAACCAACGCAAAACAGGUGACGAAAUAUUUUAUAAAGUUUGCGAAAACUGCGAGGCUUUUCUGAAUACCAUGAAAACGCUGAAAGACAUGGACAAAACUAUAGUAAUAGUUACUGAAAACACACAAGCAAGUGGACCUGGAAAAGAUACCAAUAGAAACGUCUUUGGUGCUGAAUUAUGGGGUUUUACCAGAUCUUUGCGUCAAGAGGGAACAAAAUGUCGCAUGAUCCUGAUUGAUGUCCAGCCUUCAAUUGCCUCGGAGGUAAAGACACUAUACAAAACCAUUCAAGUUCUUACGUCUGGUCAAGUUUCUUCGUUCACCGAAUGCCUCAUCGCUGACGGACAGCUGCACAGUAAUUUCUUGCAGCGGAGACCUCAAAGUGGUUUACAGAACGAGCACAGAAUAUUAUCUACUGACACAAAUAUUGACCUCCAGUUACGGUCAACCACGACGGACAUCAUUGAAAACCCUUUCUUCAUACCUGGAGAUAGCUCAUGUGAAGCAGAAAAAAGUAAAAUCAGCCUCUCGGUCGAUGAGAUAUGUAUUCAUUCACCAAAUGAAUUUCGCAUUACGGAGUUAGAUUCAAGUCUCAAAAAAACGCUUUGGUCCGACUACAAAGACGGGUAUCCGGUUAUAGGAUUAGAGUUCCAAGGAACUUUGCAUGAUUCAAAAACUGCAAAUGAGAAUCCGAAGCAGUUAGUAGCAUGUUACCCAACCAAGGUGGGCAAUAGGAUAUCAGUGCCUGAGCAAUGUGUGUGUGACCGCGCAAGCUUGCCGAUGUACACACCCGGACUCAUAAUAACGUCCAUGCUGAUGUGGUCUAUCACUCAGAGAGUCAAACGCAAUUCUACAGUUUGUAUUGUGACUGACUCUGAUCCGUCUGAUGACGCAGCAAUUAUCCUACUUUGCGACAUGCUAAGUACAGUCAAGCACAGCCAGGUUCGAAUCGUAUCAAUAGAUACUCUCAAUGCAGAAAGUAAAAUUGAACAUGGUGUGUUCGUAAUAUUAGAAAAGUAUUCACACACAAAAUCAGCAAGUGUUCUACGGCCAGGGAAUACCAUAAUUGGCUUGGACGAUGUCCUUUCGUGCUUGUCAAAUCAAGUUAUUCAGUUGAGCUCCAAGCAAAUUAAAGUUCAUGUCAUUACAAAGAUCAACGUUUUCGAGGAAACCAAUGUUACAAAAACAUUCCCAAAAGUAAAACGUUGGUUGACACGUUGGCAAAAACGGCAUCACUUGUCUGAAAAUGCACAAAAGUCACUACAACUGAAGACCAUAAAACUCUCAAAGGCAAAAAGUGGAGGAAAAUCGGAUAUGAAUACGAAGGCAAUGGGAGACAAGCUCAUCCAAAACAAUGCAACGUAUGUGGUUGUUGGUGGACUGACAGGCCUGGGUUGGGAAAUUGUUAAGUGGCUGGGCUUCAAGAAAGCUGGCGUAGUAGUGACGCUCUCAAGGAAAGGCCUCAAUUCAGAGAUGAAAGAACAGCUCCAGAACGCAAUGGACAUACACAAAUAUAAAAUUGUACCGAUGAGUUGUAACGUUGCAAAUUAUGCUGAUGUUGAAAAAACGUUUUCAGCCAUCAAAUCACAAUUUCCUAAUCAUCCAAUCAAGGGCAUAUUCCAGGGCGCUGGAGUGCUAAGAGAUACACGCAUUGAAACCAUGACUAUGCAAAAGUUCAGGGAAGUUUUGCAGCCAAAGGUUUUGGGAACAUGGAACUUGCACCUUGUAUCUCAGGAAUUACUUCUGGAUUACUUUAUUAUGCAUUCCUCUACAACCUCUGUCUUUGGAAAUGCCGGUCAAACCAAUUAUGGAGCUGCCAAUUCGUUUAUGGAUUCAUUGGCCAUGUACAGAAGAGCCAAUGGUCUGCCUGGACAGACCAUCAACUGGGGCGCAUUGGCGGUGGGUAUGGCAAGUGAUGAAACCAUUCGAAGUAAUCUAGAAGCACAGGGAUAUUAUUUACUGGAAACAGACAAGAUAAGGGAAUGCCUGAUGGAUUCCCUAAUUCAAAACCCGUGCCAAAUUGUGUACGGUUUGUUUGACUGGACCGUUAUAGGAACAAACCCCGCCAUGAUGCGGACCUCUACUGUUAAUCAGGAAGAAACAGCUGUAACCAGUAAGUCUGGUCAACGACGUGUCGACAACGUCGUGCUCGACAUUGCCAAAUUCUCUGAGACAUCAUUUGAGGAUCAGAGACAGACACUCGCACAGUUAUUGCUGAGCAGCAUAUCCAGAGUGUUGUCGAUAGAUGAGGGUGAACUGGAAGAAAAGCAAAACCUUCUUGGCUUAGGCAUGGAGUCACAGAAAGCCGUGGAAUUAAUCCAGGUGGUGAAGGAAGCAACAGGUUGCCGACUUCCGGUUGCAUACAUCUUGUCUCCUGAUUAUACCAUAGGAAUGCUCAUUGAUUUUGCGCAUUCUAAUAUCAUAGAUAACUUCAACAAGGAAGCAACUGGUAAUUCAGAAACAAAGGAGGACCUAUAUGGAUCACCCUCGUGGAUGCAAAAAUUCUACAUUGACAUGCACGAAAACAAUUCUCAUGACUCAAGUCUUUGGUUCAGCAUUGAUUUCAGACUAGGACGUGGUCUAUCCAAUGUAGAUCUAUGGCGUGCUGUCUUGCGAUGGACCACAAUCAAAAACCCAGAACUCAGAACUGUGUUUCGUCCCACUAAUCAGCAAAUUAGGUUUGGUAUGAAGAACACUGUUCUUGAUCCAGAGGAUGCAAAGAUCGACAUACGUGUUGUAGACUCCUGUGUGUUAACGAGGGAGUGGACAGACCAGGACAUUAAAAAUUAUUGUACAUUCGACAUUACAACAGAUCCACCAAUACGGGUUCUCUAUGGUAACACUGGCAAAAAGAAUAUCAUCAGGUUCAUCAUGAGCCACGUCACCUUCGACUUACAGAGCUUCCUCAUACUACUUCCACAAUUUCGGUCGCAUUUCCUGACGUACUUUUUGAAAAGGGAUGUCAAUGUUGAACCAGUGGAAAUACCAGAUCUACCUGUGCUGAUGGAAGAACGUAUGGAUGCAGAAAGGUUUUAUCUGGAGGAUUUUUGGAGAGGAGAGCUGAAAAAGAUUCGUGAUGUACCGUCUCUUGUUGGGCCUGACCCACCUGUUCUUAACUCACAAAAGACAGAGAAAGUAUCGUUGGAGUUCCCAAAAGAACUGGUCGAUAAAAUCAAUAGCAACAACCAUGGUGUAACAGCACCGAUUCUACUAUUCAGUUUGUACCAGAUUCUUCUGCACAAGAUGACAUGUGUAACUGCCAUUCCGGUUGUACUUACGGUUGACAUGCGGCGGCACUUUCCGGAGUUCAUCGACAGGAUAUUUCUUGGCACCAACUACAUACCAGUCAUCACAGAAUUCAAAGACACACAAUCCACUCUACGAGAAUGCAUUUCAAUAUGUGCAAGCCAGGUGACACUCACUAGUGCAAGUAGUUUGUACCCAUACAUGCUUAUUACGAAAAAUGAAGCUUAUACACAAAACAGUUUUCGACAUUUCUUCAACGUCAGAGAAAUAUCCUUUCAAGGUGACCGAAACGCACAGUACGCCGACUACUACAUGGAAAAUGCAGGUUACAGUACAGACUUCCUGAAUGAAAUCGAGACAGCCUUGAAUGUCGUAACAGACCACCAGGCCGGAUCGAUGGAGUUGGUGUUGAGUUUUGAUCCGGCUAUAGUAAGUUCGUCGACAGCAAAGAGAAUGCUGGAUGAUCUCCUAUUGUUGGCCUGUGUGACUGCGGCGAACACAGACUUCCAGUUAAACGAGAUUCCCUUAGAAUGCUGUGGAACUGAUGUUUCAGACAAGUUGGAUCACCACUUGUCGACAGUGAGGUUUUCUAAGGAAACUUUAAAAGGUUGGGAACACCCGGCACAGCUGAAAGUAGGCUCGGUGCACACACUGCCACAGAUAACGUGGAGUAAUCCAGAAAGUAACGCUAUGUCACCUGACAGGACAAUCCCAAUAUCAUGUGUUCUUGAUGCGGACAUACAGAAACUAUCUGAUACCUGGUGUCUAAUUAUCCAGACCAGGAAGAGGCAGUAUUGCUUCAAGGCAAGUGACUUCAUCAUGGUCCGAGCCUGGAAAGCGAGAAUCCGGAAACUUAUGUCGAGGAGCAAGCGAAGCUCAAAAAAAAUGUAUUGAACAAUGUACAUGCGACAUAGAGAAGAGCAAAUAUUGGACUCAAUGCUGAUAGGACAGAGGAAGGUGUUAGAAUAGAAUCAAUCUUGUCGAUAAUGAUACAUUAUGUAUAUAUAAAAAGUAAGGACACAUUACUCUCCUUAUUGUGUGCACGGCUAUUCUCACUGACCUGAAUUUCAUUGUAUAUAUGUAUAUACGUGUAUGCAUUAUUUAUUUUAAUCAUAUUUUCUCAUUUCAUAAAUACAAAUUCACAGAAUUGUUAAGCAUCCCAUGGAACUACAGUUAAGGGGGUAUAACUCUCGUUUUUAUUUUCGAUAUUUUAACACAACGUUGAGAUGAAUACACAUAAGAGACGUUUAAAUGCACGAUAAUGUUGUACAUGUGUAGCAUUUCUUGACAAUUAUAGCUUUUCAUUGUAAAGCAGUUUCGUUGAUAAAGACAGUUUUCAAAUUAAUAUUUACAUUUAUUCCGAAAGUGCUAGCUGGAGCAGCCGGAGAGGACAAGUUGUGUCUUGAGAUACUACGGUACCCCGGGUCUGGGAUUUGGAUAGGGAAACGCAAAGGUUAGGGGCUGUUUAAUGACAAUCUUGUUAUGUAUAUAUAUCACAAUCCAUUACAUCAACUGGUGUUAAGCAAGCAAUUAAUAUGAACCUGUUUAAUGCAGUUUUGUACGUAAUAUUUGUGAUGACGCCGAUUACAAGUGCUUAGAUAUGUAGAUACAUAUCAGUAUAUUAUUAGUGUCUUAUAUUUUUUUAAAAAUCAGCAUAUAUUCUAAUAGUAUUUUAUUCUAUUCUUUAAAUAUAAUCAAUAUUUAUUUAUUUUUCACAAUUUUUACUUUUACUAGUAUUGCGUAUUGAACAAAGAUUAAUCAUGUUUCAAUCGAACCCCGGCCACCUUGGUGAAAGGCAAGUGCGCUAUCCACUGCGCCGACCGACCACCCGACCACCAUCCAAUCAGGCACGCUGUUAUUAAUAUAAGGUAUAAUUCGAUGAUAUAUACAGUUGUAUUAUCAGCAACUAAUUUUAAAUGAUCGUCAAUCUCCUAUAGGAUAAUGAAUAUGUAAUAUGUAGACGGCGUUUAUACAUGUUUUGUUGUUGUUAUAUAAUCAGUUAAAACAGUAUAAAUAUCAUGUACAUGUAUAAAGUAUAAAUAUCAGGGGUCAGUUGGAGUUGAAUUUCAAUCUGAUUCAAAAUGUAACGUUUAAACAGAAAAUCAGAGACGUCUUGUACAUAAGCAUGUUCUAAAAUCAGCAAAUAUAUUAUAAAUAACCAGUAAACGGCAAUUUAAUAAGCAAAAUGUUUUAGUAAUUAUAAAAGUCAAUCUUUGAUACAAUAAACCAUGUGUUAUUUAUAUAACCGGAAAUUCGAAGACGAUUGAUAUAGAAUUGACUUGAUAUUCAAUCGGUUUAGAAUUUGAGUUCAAUGUCAUUUUUAUAAACAAUAUGCAUUAUAUGACCGGAACAUCAGUGAACAUGUUAUAAAAAUAUGUUAGAUAGUGCAUAAACCAGAAUUACAAUUGAAUCAUAUGUCAAUCUUUUAUACAAUUAAAAGCAUGUAAUAGGUAAACUGAGACGAUAUAUAUGGGUUUUGCCUAUGGUCUAAUCGAUGAAAAAUUUAAAAACAAAAUUGCAUUCAGUAGUAUUAUCAGAAUUAAGUUUGAAUUGAAAGUCAGUCUUUUGGAGUUUUGGAGCUAGUACAGUUGACAGCAGUUUUAUUGGUAUUAUGUUUUAUUUGAAGGUCGAUCUUCUAUAGGAGAAAUAACAAGUAUUAUAUCAUUAAAAUUUCGGGGAUGACUUAUGCAUGAAUAUGUUCUAAACAUCAACAUUAAGGAACCAUUACCAGUAAUAUGUUUGCAUAUAAUGUCAGUCUAUAAUACAGUAACAAACAUCUAUAUUAUUUAACCGGAUUGUUGUGCAUCAUAUGUAUAAUCAUAGGUUGAUCUAAUCAUAGUCAAGGAAAACGUUAUAUAAAUCUGGAAUACAUAGACAUAACCAGCAAUAUGUUGGAAUUGAAGGUAAACCUGUACCCGGAAGUUCGGACACGAUAUCAAUUAUACUGACUUUGCAUGUUGUCUAAUCACUGAAAAAAAUGGGAUUUACUAUCCAUUAGUAUUAUUAACAAUGAAUUUGAAUGGCGGUCAAUCUUUAAUAAAUAAAUAACGUGAAAUGUGUAACCUGAAUUUGGGUGACUUAUAUAUAUUGGGUGACAAUAUAUGUAUUGGUUUUUCCUGUGGUCAAACCAGUGAAAAAUUAAGUAUUCAGUACACAGUAGUGUUAAUCUUAUUAAGGAUAAAUAACAUGUAUUAUAUAAUCAGAAUUUCGGAGAUGACUUUUAUAAUCUUUUCCUAUAUUCUAAUAAAUGAAUACGUUAUAAAUAUCCAUGUUGCAGAACCGUAAUAAGUGAUAGGUUUGUGUAUAAUGUCAGUCUAUUACACAGCAAUAGCAUAUAUAUCAUUUAACCGGAUUUUCUUUAGAUCACUUGUAUAAUUAUAGUUGGAUCUAAUCAUAAUCAAAGAAAUCUAGAAUAUAGUAGCAAAACCAGUGAUACAUUGUGUUGUACUGAAGGACGAUCCUCCAUACAAUUAAUGACAUCUAAUAUUUAACCUGAGUUUUGGAGUCGAUAUAUAUUGUUUUUACCUGUGGUUGAACCAGUGAAAAAGUUAAGGAUUUAGUAUAGUCCUUUAUUAGCAAUACGUUAUAAUAGAAGGGUAAUCUUUUUAUGAUUAACAUGUAUAAUAUAAUAAAAAAAAGUAUAAUCUUUGCCUGAUCUAAUCAUGAUCAGUGAAUGCGUUUUUAAUAUAUAGAAUACAGUAACAUAAACAAAAAUUCGUUUGAAAUGUAUGUCAAUCUUUUAUAUUUACAUUUCUUCUGAAC